AUGACAUCUUCGGAGGAAAAACGAAAGAUGGAUGAAAAUCCACCACCAUCAGACAACUCUGUAACCAUGGUGACUGGAUUUAUCCACUGCUUGUCCCCAGUAAAAAUUUCGGCAAACGGGAGCAGAUAUUUUAAUAUGACAAUACAACGAAAGGAUGAAUACACCGUUGCCGUGUCCUUCAGUGCCUCCGCACACCAACAAAUGCUAGAAAUGUCAAAAAGCAAAACACCAGUGUCACUUCAUAAUGUACAAAUGUCACCCAGUCUGAAAUCAAGCGGAAAAUUCGAUGUCAAAUAUAACCAUCGCUCAAAUAUGACCCCUGCAAGAAAUUUGGACUUCGAGUUCCAGUUGCCAGAGCAUUCGAAAUAUAGAACCAUAAAAGAAAUAGAGGAAAACCUCAAUGCUUUCCAGAAGACUUGUGUCAAAGUAAAGAUUUUUGAAAAAGCAGAAGCAGAUACCCAAGUCCUCAAGUCCGGAACAGAAUUGAACAAGUGUAAAUUAAUUGUCUCGGAUAUUUCUGAAACCAUUCCUCUUACAAUUUGGGGUGAAGAAAUACAGGAAAUCAAGGUUGGCGACUCCUACUCCAUAACGAAUGUCUCGGUCCGAUCAUAUGAUGGGAAAAGUUUGACAACUAGUCCAGACACUGUUCUAGUAAAAAUUGACGACAUUGGAAAAUGUCUAUACAGUGUCAAGAAAUCAGAAACAACUAAUCAUUGA